UGCGAGAGAGCUCAUGGUAAAGAAUCCAUCCCAGGAUUAGAUGAUCGUCUGGAAUGAUAUAACGAAUCAGGCGAAGAAAGAUGACAUUCCCGCGUGUAGCCGGCUGAGGCUUACAAUGCAUAUAUUAAUACAGGGUGCAUGGCCAUUCUUGGCAGUUGCUUACUUGCUCUUAAGCCUUCGAGAUAAUGCUGCAAGUAAGAAUUGUUGAUAAACACAGCAAACGAUAGAAUUGGCGCUAUGCUGUUUCGGAUUUGGUUUUCAUUACGAUCCUAAGAUAUCAACCUCUCUGAUUCCUCACUCUUUCGUUACGCAUUUCUGCAUGCCAUCAAGAUGGUUGCUACUAGUCUCGUUGACAUGAUUGCAAGUGUUCAUAGCUACCUAGGAAGCUCUGCGGGUGAUUCUUGGAUCGGAUUUUGGCAUGACUUGAAUGAGUGGACUUGGUGGAAGGUUUCAAUCUUGGAAUCUUUUUAUUUUAUAGCUUCAUUAUGGGGCAUCUACUGCAUCGGUUUGGUAACAUAUCGACGUACGUAUAUUGUGGAUUAUGAUUAUGGCAGAUUCUAUUGGAAUAACUUCGUUGACUAUCUCGUCCAGUGGCAUUGUCUCCUAUCGCUAAGAUACCUGGGCCAAAGUUAGCGGGUAAGACUUCACUAAAUUCUGUACCUAUUCUCUUGAACUAACAGCGUUGCCUUUUCUCUAUCAUAAGCUGCGACAUUUUGGUACGAAAUAUAUUAUGAUGUGUGGCUUGGAGGGACAUAUUAUCGCAAGAUUGACGAAAUGCAUAAGAAAUAUGGUAUGACUUCCAUGCGAUUUAUCGGAGGUCGCUCUACUUGACUAACAUGGAGAAUGCAGGGCCUGUUGUUCGAAUCAAUCCUUACGAAGUCCACCUGAACGACCCAGAUUUCAUAGAUUCUGUAUUUCCGGGACCUGGCAGACAAACUAAUAAGUAUUUCUUUACUGGUAGAAGAACAGGAAGUAAGAAUUUACGCCAAAUCACCCCGUUCCUCCAGAAUUUUGCCUGCGCUUGAUAAGCUGACUGUAGCGUAUCUGAUUACAGCCCAGAACUCUAUCGUUGCAACGAUUGACCAUGAUAUUCACCGCAAAAGACGUAACACCAUCACCAGCUUCUUCUCAAAUUCUAGCAUCCGCAGGUUAGAGCCUGUGAUGAAAGAACACAUAAGUCUACUCCUCUCUAGAAUGCAAGCGGCUGGAAAGUCAGAGGAAGUCUUGCCAAUGCAUUUUGUAUUCCGCGCAUGCACCAGUGACCUCAUUACUCGGUAUGCCUUCGGAGAAUCUUUCCAUUUCCUAGAGCAGGAAGAUUUUUCCAUUCCUUACAUGGAAUCUACCGACGUAUUUUUCAAACUCAAUCAUACUUUCUGCCACUUUCCCUGGGUUGGUACACUACUCGCGCUCGCACCCCCCACAGCAGUUAAAACAUUAGUUCCAUCUCUGACAGAGAUGUGGAAUAAAGCUGCAGUACGUCACCCAACUACGUGGGGGUCUUUAGCUUGCUAAUCCUGAUUUAACAGAUGUGGAUAGAGCGUGUCGAUGAAGUUAGGAACUCCCCAAACCCUGAAAAAAUCAAGAGUACAAUAUUUGAAGGCGUGCUUAGUAGUAAACUUCCGGAUGAAGAAAAGACCAAUCUCAGGCUCGCCCAUGAAGCACAGCUGGUUGUAUUUGCGGGAGAGGGCACAACAGGUAUGCGUUCCACCAAACCUAUAGGAACAUUAUUGGACUUAAGAAUUGACUGAGAUCAACAUCAACACAGCAUAUACUCUACAAUCUGCUCUCUUCCAGCUACUUGCAAAUCCGAAGGAAUUUGAGAAGGUAAAGGCUGAGAUACUCUCAGCCACUACAGUUGGAGACAUCCUUCCCUCUUUGUCGGAGGUAGAGAGCCUUCCCUACCUUAACGCCGUUAUCCAAGAGACAAUCCGCAUUCAUCCUGGUGUUGUUUCACGCCUGCCACGUGUCUCUCCCAAAAUUCCAACCGUGUUCCAUGACAAACACAAUGAUAAAGGGUACGUAAUCCCAGCCGGCACAUCGAUGAAUAUGACGGCGCAGAUUUCACACAUGAAUCCCGAUGUUUUUGAGGAUCCAUACGAGUUCCGUCCACAGAGAUGGAUUGAGAACCCCAGACUUGACAAAGCCUUUAUUGGUUUCGCUCGAGGUACAAGGAACUGUAUCGGGUAUGUACACACUCUGUAUCAUUCUUGUAAGCAACACUGACGGACGCCUUUGUGUUAAACAGGAUGAACUUUGCACGUCUCGAAAUGUCCUUAGUUCUUGCAGCUAUUAUUCAAAAGUAUGACAUUUAUUCCGGACAAGGUGGACCGACGUUGGAAUUGUUUGAUACGAUACGUGAGAGAGAUAUCGACUUGAAUCACGAUUAUAUCAUACCUUUUCCAGCGAAGGGCAGUCGUGGUUUGCGUGUUAAAAUAAGAAAUUAGACAGAAUCGGAUGAGUUCGCAGAAAGGAUUUUGUAGGUGCUACUAAUAGAGCACUCGUUCCCUUAUUUGUUGGUUCUAGACCUGAUGAGCCUAGCUCAUUAUCUGGGGGUUGUCUUUGAGGCUGUCAGCUAUUAAAGCCAUUCCACUUCCAAUUUUAGCUAGUUUAAUGGUGAUUCAUUCAUACUAAAUCACUUCCUGCGUUCCAUAGAUAAUUGUUGAAGUUCAGGGGAAAGGUAACGCGGUAUGUGGAAUAUUAU